AUGGCUGGGGAACCGCCCCAAGUUCCGGCCGUCACGGUCUCACCUCCCUCUGCAAGGGCAUCCGGCGCUACUGCUUCCGCCACUGCUGCUUCUAAUGCUGCCAAUCCAACUUCCAACCAGCAACCCCAGGCCAAAGACCAGCAACAGCUGCCCCACUCUCAGGUCGAUAUGGCCGCCAUCAAACUCACCAGGGGCACGUCCUGCGUGCUCUGCCAGCAGCGCAAGGUCCGCUGCGACAAGAACAAACCAUGCGCCAACUGCGUCAAGGCCCGCGUCGAGUGCCGCGUCGUGCCGCCCCAGCCUCCGAGGCGUCGGAAGAAGCGUCUGCAGGAGAAGGAUCUCAUCGAGAGGUUGAAGAAGUAUGAGGGUUUGCUUUCCGAGAAUAAUAUCAAGUUUGAAAGUAUCCAUCCCGAGUUGCUUUCUGGUCAAGGGGGUGCCGAUGGUGGCGGGGGAGGAGUGAACGAUGAGGUGACUGAGCUCGAGACGGAUUUUGAGGGGUUGAGGACGAGUCCGAAGUCGAGUACCUCGGCGUCUUUGAGCUCGGGGAGGAAGUCACAAGCUGAGAGAUCGCCGAACUGGAUUCCAUUUCACAAGGAGUUCCGCGCCAGUGAAGAGCUGCUCUUCGACUCAUCCGAAGAAGAGGUCGAGGGUUCCAAAGUCCACCAGGCCUUCGACAAGAUGUACGAGAACCAGGAGGGCUUCCCCUUCAUGAUCGGCGGCCGCACCACUUCCGUCGCUCACCUACAUCCGCCAGCCAUCCACAUCUUCCAGCUAUGGCAGGUCUACAUCAAUCGCGUAAACCCUCUUCUCCGCUUAACCCAUACACCAACCAUCCAGGGCAAGAUCAUUGAGGCGUCGGCGAGACUUGACGAGACACCGAGGCCCCUCGAGGCCCUCAUGUUUGCCAUUUAUCUGACUGCUGUGAACAGCAUGGAGGAACAAGAGGCGCUGGAUACUUUUAAUGAGUCUAAGACGAUGCUGAUGAGCAGGUUUCACUCGGCGCUGCAGCAGGCUCUGAUCAAUGCGGGAUUCAUGAGAACAAAUGAGCUUAUGGUGCUUCAGGCGUACACUUUAUACCUCAUUGCGGUUCGACAAUUCAUGGAUCCUCGCCAAAUCUUCUGCCUCAUCGCAAUGGCAGUCCGCAUGGCUCAACGAAUGGGUCUCCACCGCGACCCAGCUCUCAUGGGCUAUUCGCCCUUCGAGGUCGAACAACGCCGUCGCCUCUGGUGGACUCUCGUUGCUUAUGACGGACGUAUCGGCGAGAUGACGGGUUCUACUGUCACAGCUCUCUCAUUUGCCAGUGAUACCAAGCUUCCGCUCAACAUUAACGACGCUGACCUGCACGUCGAUGGCAAGGAGCCGCCCACACCGCACGCCGGCGCUACCGAAAUGCUCUUCUGCCUAGCCAGGUUAGAAAUGUCGUUGAUCGUGAGGAGCGAUUCGCAACGAGAUACACCUAUCAAGCCAAACGCGUCCUCCGACAGCGGUCCUGCUAGCCUGCCAACCCCCGCGAGCUCGUCCACUCCCGGGGCCAGCAGCGGCGUAGCAGCAACUGCCAGCACACCCAAUUCCGGCUCCGGCGCCUCAGGCCCGCCCAUCCCUACGGUGCGAGUCGUACCGAGGGAUAACAUCAGCUACACCCUCGAUGGUUUCUCCGCCCACAUCGAGAACCAAUACCUCCGGCACUGUGACGAACGCAUCCCGCUCCACUUCUUCACCCUCACCAUGGUGCGGCAAUUGCUCUGUAAGAUGCGCAUCCUCGCCUUCCUCGUCCACAUAGGCUACGGCCAAGACAACCCCCUCCCGCAAGACCAGCAACAACAAAACCAACAACACCCCUUGGACCAAGCCAAGCGCGACUCCCUCUUCCGCGAAGCCAUCCAACUCAUCGAAUACGACAACGUCCUCCAGAACGCGCCCUCCCUCCGCUCCUACAAGUGGUUCACCUACAUGCACUUCCCCUUCCCCGCCUACAUGUUCCUCGUCAACGAGCUCCGCCGCCGCACCACGGGCGCCGCCGUCGAGCGCGCCUGGGACGCCCUCACGGAAAGCUACGAACGGAGGGGCCUCAUGAAUAAGUUGCAUAAUCCCAUGCACAUGGCUUUCGCGCGGCUUUUCGUCAAGGCGUGGGAUGCGCAUGAGGCGGCGCAGAGGGAGCUGGGAGAGACGGUGGCUGAGCCGAGAUGGAUGGCGGAGUUGAGGGCGCAUACGGAAAAGUCGAGGAAUAGUAAUAAAGGGGUCGGAGGAGGGCCUAGGGGUCGGGAGAUGGACGACGGAGCCUCGACGUCUUCGUUUAUGGGGGGUAUGAUGAUGGGGGGAGGGGGAGGGCCGGCUGGUGGGUUUCCUGGGUUCCCUGCGUCUGUGGCGUCCAGUGUGAGCGGCGCUGGGAUAUCCACCCCGCAACGGCCUCUCGGACAGGUCAACUUGGCGCCGUUGGUUAGUCCGCAUGUUGCGCCCGAGGAGCAGGAGAGGCAGCGGAGGCAGGUUAGUGGACAAGGGCAGGGACAGGAUUUGGCGGAUAUGGAUUGGAGCUAUAUUAUGCAGGAGUAUAACUCGGGGGGACUGGCUGAUUUUGGACAAGGGAGUGGUGGAAUGGGGGGAGGACAAAUGGAUAUGUAUCAGUAG